GAGCCGGACCAUCGUCCUCACCCAGACGACGACCACUACGAGAUGGCGGGUCGCCCAAAUCCAGCGCAUCAAGGGUACCACUUGGAGGAUCCGCAGCAGCAACCAUAUCGAGCGCAUUCUACUUCUCCAGGACCUGGGCUCCAGCAUAAUCUAGAGAUUCCUAUGGGACCUGGACCACAGCGAUAUGGAACACCCAGCGACAGAUUGGCGGCACAACCUACAUACUCGGUCGAAAACAUCAACAAUUCAUAUGGCCAUAAUGAAGAAUACGAACAACACUACCCCCUCAACCCCGAUCAUAAUUAUUCCCAAGACUAUGCAUUAAAUCCCCAGCAACACCACGAUGCAUACUACCAACCCCCCUACCAACCAUCCCCGCACGAAGAACACCCUUUGACGACCUUCCCCUCCCAACCUGAUGGCUAUUUCGACGAUGAUGACCAUCGCCCAAUACUGCAAGCACAAGACAACGCUUAUGGACCAGACCCUCACUCUGUUCCGGAGGAAGAGUACAAGGACUAUGAUGGAUCAGGUGUUUCGCCUGCGCCAACUCCAGUUCCUGGACCUGGACUCAAGAGAUAUAAGACGGUGAAGGAGGUACAGCUGUUCAAUGGUAAUCUCGUGCUUGAUUGCCCAAUCCCACCAAGACUUCUGAACGCGGUGCCGCAUGCUCAGCCGCCGGAGCGAGAUGAGUUCACCCAUAUGCGAUAUUCAGCGGCAACCUGCGAUCCUAGCGAGUUCUAUGAGGAGCGAUUUACUCUGCGACAAAAGCUAUUUGCGAAGCCCCGACAUACUGAGCUUUUCAUUGUGGUUACCAUGUACAAUGAAGAUGAUGUGCUAUUUGCGCGGACAAUGAGUGGUGUUUUCAAGAAUAUCGAGUAUAUGUGCUCACGGAAGGAUAGCAAGACGUGGGGAAAGGAUGCGUGGAAGAAGAUUGUAGUUUGCGUGGUCAGUGAUGGUCGUGCGAAGAUCAAUCCGCGAACAAGAGCUGUUUUGGCCGGUAUGGGUGUCUACCAGGAUGGCAUCGCCAAACAACAGGUCAAUAAAAAGGACGUGACAGCACACAUUUACGAGUACACUACACAAUGCUCGAUUUCAGUCAAGAAGGACAUUGUGGAAAUUCGCCAAGGGCAACAGCCAGUACAGAUGCUUUUCUGUCUCAAGGAGAAGAAUCAAAAGAAAAUCAAUUCCCACAGAUGGUUCUUCCAGGCUUUUGGACGAGUUUUGGACCCGAAUAUCUGCGUUCUUAUCGAUGCGGGUACCAAGCCUGGCAAGGACUCAAUUUACCACCUGUGGAAAGCUUUUGAUUUGGAACCCAUGUGCGCUGGAGCUUGUGGAGAGAUUAAGGCCAUGUUGGGAGCUGGUGGAAAGCACCUGAUUAACCCGUUGGUUGCAACUCAGAAUUUCGAGUACAAGAUGAGUAACAUUCUUGACAAACCACUUGAGUCCGCUUUUGGAUUCAUUUCGGUCUUGCCAGGUGCUUUCUCGGCAUACCGAUAUGUGGCUUUGCAGAACGACAAGGCAGGUAAUGGGCCACUUGAGAAGUACUUUGCCGGAGAGAAGAUGCACGGUUCCAACGCUGGCAUUUUCACUGCCAAUAUGUACUUGGCUGAGGAUCGUAUUCUCUGCUUCGAACUGGUUUCGAAGCGGAAUUGCCACUGGAUUCUCCAAUAUGUCAAAUCUGCAACUGGAGAAACCGAUGUACCUGACACCAUGGCCGAACUUAUCUUGCAGAGACGAAGAUGGCUGAAUGGUAGUUUCUUCGCUGCCGUUUACGCUUUAGCACAUUUCUACGAGAUAUUCCGAAGCGAUCACAGUUUCUUGCGGAAGUUGAUGUUCUUGGUGGAGUUUACAUAUCAAAGUAUCAGCAUGAUCUUCGCUUGGUUCGGAAUCGGCAACUUCUUCUUGGUUUUCCACAUCUUGACUGUUUCUCUUGGCUCGGAUAACCUGCUUGGUCUCGCUGGUAGGAUUCUCGGUGUCGUCUUCGAAUGGCUCUAUUUGUUCACACUUCUUACGUGUUUCAUACUGGCAUUGGGUAAUCGGCCGCAAGGAUCAAAUUUUGCCUACAUGUCUAUGGUUUAUUUCUGGGUUGUCAUCAUGCUCUAUCUUACAUUUGCCUCGGUAUUCAUCACUGUCAAAUCCAUCACAACAGAGCUCAAGGACAACGACAACAAAUUCAGCAUAUCUGACCUCUUCAAAAACCAAGUCUUCUACACCGUCAUCGUCUCCCUGGCCUCAACCUACGUAAUGUGGUUUGUAGCCUCAUUCCUCUUCUUUGACCCCUGGCACAUGUUCACCUCCUUCAUCCAAUAUCUCCUCCUGACGCCCUCCUACAUCAACAUCCUGAACGUCUAUGCCUUCUGCAACACCCACGAUAUCACCUGGGGUACAAAGGGAGAUGACAAAGCCGAGAAGUUGCCUACCGCAACCUUGAAACCUGGUGGCAAAGUAGAUGUCAACAUACCGACUGAUGACGGCGAUCUCAACCAGCAGUACGAGAAAGAACUCGAUGUCUUUAGAAUCAAAGCUCCCGAGGAAAAGCGCGAGAUUUCACCCAGCGAAAAGCAGGAGGAUUACUACAAAGGAUUCCGUUCCCGCGUCGUUAUUUUCUGGCUGGUGUGCAAUUUCGCCCUCGUUGCUGCUGUGCAGAGUACAGCUGGUGUAGAGCGCCUUUCUACUUCUAGCACGACGGACGACGCUACCAAGGAAGCCGCAGAGGCGACGCGGAAAUCAACUAUUUACAUGGCUGUUGUGCUGUGGUCUGUUGCUGGGCUUAGUGCGUUUAAGUUUAUUGGCGCCAUGUGGUUUUUGAUUGUCAGGAUGUUUAGGGGAGUUUAG